UCAGUAGCCGCGUCCGCGCCCCGUUCAGCCAGGUGUUGGAGCCACUCUGAUCCACUCCACGGCGGUGGUGAAUAUUUAGUAGUCACACGGCAGCUAUGCCUUCCAGUUUAGCGCAGUUCCUUGGAGCCUGUCGAAGAUUUUUUGAGCGUUUUUUUUUUCAGUUGAAGCUUGAGCUUAGAAGAAUCAGCAUGUCUUGAGCAAGUGGAGUUUGUGGUUGGGUUUUUUAGAAGCUUCCAGUAAUUUUGUGUGUGUUUUUAUUGGGAUUGGUAUUGGUGAGAUACUUAGCGGCUAAGGUGACCCCCGGUGAAGGAUUUCUCCCCCCUUGGAGGAAGAUACUCCUCGCGGAAAGUGGGCUAUCCAGCGUUCAAGUUUUUGCAGCAUCAGCACUCGUUUGCUUCAGUAAUCAACCUGCCAGAUUCCAAUCGAAGAAACAAAACUCCGGAAACGGUACCAGUUUUUUUUUUUUUGCUUCUGCUGUCCAAUCUACAGAGCCUGUCUUCGAGCGAAACAAGCGCCCCAAGUCAGAGGAAAUGUGACAAACACAAGCACGCGUGCUGGCAGGAAAAAAAUAAAUAAAAAAAGAAGAAACUUAAAGGAGCAAGAUAUGUUAUCAACGAGAGUCGAAUUGAAAUCGCGAUAACAACGUUUAAGUCGACGAGAGUGACAGAUAAUCAAUAUACGAAGAGGAAAAGAGGGAAAGAAAAAAAAAUGUGAAAAGCAAAAGAAGAGAAACAAAACGAAGUGAAUAAAACGAAACGCGAGGGAAAGGAAAAUUGUUACAAAUUCAGCACGCGGAGAAAGAGUGAGUGAGUGUAUGUGUGUGUGUAUGUGCGACGGUGUGUCUCUUUCUUUUCUGUCAAUAGCUGUGACGAGAGAGUGCGCGCGAUCGAGGGGUCCCUCGAGGCAUUCCGGCAAGGGGUCUCGGGAAGAAUUCCACUCAACAAGACACAUACACACAGGUGGAUUGGCGCAGCGUACUUUGCGCGACAACAGUGCAACAACAACAACGCAACGGCGGUGGAAUGUUUAAUAAAAUAAAAUAUAAGCAGCAGCAAAAUACCAGCCAGAAAGAAGAAAACAAGAAGAAGAAGAACAUCGGCACAGCGCAACAGAAGCAACAGAAGAAAGAAGAGAAAAAAAGUAUUGAAUGAAAACAAGAAGAGUGCAUAACAUAUUUAUAAAGAAAUUAAACAGAAGAAGCGAAGAGAUAAUCAAAACGCAGCAUUGAAGAAGAAAACUAAAGGAGAAAAAAGAUAAAACAAAGCGGUACAAGUGGGUAAAGCAAACACAAAAAGAAGAACAGUUUGCAAAAAAAAUUAACGAUAAAACAACGCAACGGUUCCAGAUCUUAAUCGGGCAGUCCCCAGAAAUCCCAAAACAGAGAGCUUGAAAGUGUGAGGUCCAAAAAAGAUAAUAAAUAUUUUCUCGUGAUUAGCGCUCGCCUUCGCGUGGUAAUGACAACUUGUAAGCGUUUUCGUAUCUUGACCAGUGUCACCUUAAUCGCACCACUGAUUAUCAUCUCGCGAAGGCAGUGUUGCCAGCAACAGCAGCAGUGUAUUGGUGUUGAUGGUGGUGGUGAUGAUCGUGUUGGUAGUGUUGUUGCCCGUUACGUUCGUGGAGUUGUUGCUGUCAGUUGCUGUUGUGUAACUUGAACCAGCGAUCGAGGAGAGAGAGAGUGAGAGGCAGAGACCGACCCGGUGACAGAAACGUGGGCGUUUUGGAAGUGUCCCUCACCACUCCACCCUUCUCCUCCACCCAGUGAGUGUGAGAGACCUCAAGGCCGUCCACGUGGUUGCGUGGUGAUGGUGACUGGAGUUGAGCAGCAGCGACUUGGCCGUAUGGGGUUUCUCGGUGGCAGCAGGAUAGCUUCAAACACGAACAUGCACGCGUGGCUUUUUGUCCUCGCGGUGCUGGCGAUUCUACAGGGUGUCACGCAAGUCGCUAGCACCGUUGAACAAACCUCCCAGAGGCCCAGCUCCCCAGCGGUAUCCUUCAUCCAGACAAUCACAUCGAGCAGUAGUAGUAGGAGUAGCAGUAGUGACAUAAGUGACAAUGUAUCGACGCACAGUGACAGUGGUGUGGCGAAAAGUGAGCCAACAGUGGACGAAGAUAGUGUAGGGGAGGCGCAGAUCGGGGGUGAGCUGCGGGUGCAGCUGGAGCAGGACGAAGUCGUCGAAGCCAAUAGUGAUAGCAGUAGUAGCAGUAGUAGCAAUAGUGAUAGCAAUAGUGGUAGUAGUGAUAGCAAUAGCCAUAGUAAGCCCGAUCCUGCAACGCUAGUCGAAAUCGAGAAGAGUCUGCUCAGUCUGUUCGGGUUUCCCAAGAGGCCAAAAAUUGAUAGAUCUAAGGUGGUGAUACCGGAGGCGAUGAAGCAGCUGUACGCCCAAAUUAUGGGCCACGAGCUGGACGACUCCGUCAACGUGCCAAAGCCGGGCCUCAACACGCGCAACGCCAACACCGUGCGGAGUUUCACGCAUGAAGAAAGCCAUAUAGACGACCGCUUCCGGCAUCACCACCGCUUCCGGUUGAUGUUCAACGUCACGAACAUCCCGCUCAACGAGAAGCUGCGGGCGGCCGAGCUCACGCUGAACCGGGACGCCAUCGAAGGUGGCAGCCGGAGACGUGCCAUGCCGGUGCACCAGAUCCUGGUGUACGACAUCAUCCGGCCCGGCGUCAAGGGCAAACGGGCGCCCCGCUUCCUGUUGAUCGACUCCAAGACGGUCCGAAUCAACGAGAGCGCCCCAAUCAGUGUGGACGUGCUGCCGGCGGUAGACCGGUGGAUGCGCAACCCCAAGCAGAACCACGGCCUGUUCAUCCAGGUGACGAGCAAGGGCAAGCGGAAGCAACAGCAGGCAGGGGGAGCAGCUCCGGAACAUCACCACGUCCGGUUGCGGCGAAGCGUGGACGAGAGCCAUGAAAAGUGGUCCCAAAAGCAGCCUCUGCUGUUCACGUACACGGACGACGGACGGCACAAGCAGCGACCCAUCCGGGACGCGAUCAGCAACGUAAACCGGGCGCGCCGGACGCCGAUGCGGAAUCGCCGGCGGAAGAACGGCAACGAGCUGUGCCAGCGGCGGCCACUCUACGUGGACUUUAGCGACGUCGGCUGGAGCGACUGGAUCGUGGCACCGCCCGGGUACGAAGCGUUCUACUGCCAGGGCGACUGCCAAUUUCCGAUCGCGGACCAUCUGAACACGACGAACCACGCGAUCGUCCAAACGCUGGUCAACUCGAUCAGUCCGAGCUACGCGCCGAAGGCCUGCUGCGUCCCGACCCAGCUGUCCUCCAUCUCGAUGCUCUACCUGAACGAGCAGAACAAGGUCGUGCUCAAAAACUACCAGGACAUGACCGUGGUCGGUUGCGGGUGCCGUUGAACCCCACACUCCCACAAAAACCCCCUCCCUUGUACAGCAGUGCAAAUAGCACUUACGAUCGAGCGAUCAACCGAGUGUGGUAUCCUCUUAAAGAAGAUACCGACGGACGACAAGCAUCGACGGUGAAUCGGCCGGGCCGCAGCACAUGUUACGAAACGUACUAAGAGCGAGAGUGCGGAGCUAGGACUCCGCGCUCCAAAUGUCAUGUAAAUUUUUUGAACCUUCAAGCGAGAAAUGGUUAGGGACUUGUUGUUGUUGUUAGGCACACCCUAAGCACAGUUUAGGAGCACUCACUUAAGCAGCGAACACGACGCAACGCAUUGUGUGUACAAAGUAAAACGAUCAGUGUAUUUUAUACCUAAGAGAGCGAGACAGCAAACACUAGCGAACCAGCAUCCUGUUUUGUACAUACGAAAAA